AUGACAUUCGAAACUCCAGCAUUCAUAGCCGCCAACGUGGCAGCCGCCUACCUCUUCGCGUGGUGCACCACACCACCGAACUCUACCGCCCCACCCAAAGAGCACACGGUAAAAGACCGGUUGCACAUUUUCGUUGGCCGUUUCCCGACCAUCGUCCGCACCGGAGUCACCGCUGUCAUCUUAUACCAUACUCUCGUAGCCGGGCUUACCGUAUACGCACCUGCCCGCGUCGGGCAGGCGUGUCCGCGGGCGCAGAACUGCAACGCGGCUUUGUUUACAUGGAGCCCGACGACGAUACUAUCGCUGCUGAGUAUCUAUGCGGGGGCUGCAGUGCGGUUGUCAGCUUACGGGGGGCUGGGCCGGUCGUUUACGUUCCAUCUUGCGGCGCCGGAGCGGCUGGUUACGAGCGGGGUAUAUGCGUGGAUUCAGCAUCCCAGCUAUACGGGUCUGUGGCUUAUUGGGUUGGGGCUUGAGGGCUUUCACCUCAGGUGGGAUGGGGUUAUGGCGUGUUUGGUCCCUGAAGGGGUUUAUGCAAUGUUGAGUGGGUGGGGACUUACGUUACUAGCGGGGAUUCUUGCUGUGGAGGGCUUUCUGACUACGGCCCGUCUUGGGGAUGAGGAGGAGAUGUUACAUGAGCAGUUUGGGGAGGAGUGGGAGGCGUGGCAUGGGAAGACUGCAAGGUUCGUUCCGUUCUUGUUCUGA